GUAAUCUGUGUAAGAAGAAUUCGCUCUAUGCAUCAUAAUAGAAUUUAUUCGGGGUCUAGAGCACUUAAUUAAUUAUUAUUAUUAUUAUUAUUAUUAUUAUUAUUAUAUAAUGAUCUAAUUAUCUUAAUUGCGAGGCACAUACAUGUGUUUUAUUUUAAUAUAUUUAUAUAAAAAAAAGAUAUUUAUUUAUAUAUGUUGGAUUUAUGUAUUUAUAACAUUAUAUAAGCGUUAGUACGUAUUAGGCGGGCCGACUAGAUAAAACUGACUCCUUCGUUCGGUUUAACGGUAAUAUUUCGGUUCGAACCGAUUGAGAUGUUACAAAUAGAUAGUAAAAGUUAAACUCAACUUAUACCCAAGCACAAUCCUAUACAUAAAAGAUAUACGUACAUGUUUUCGUAUGUAUACAUGGAGUCUGAGUUGUACUUUUUCUAUAUAUAUAUAAGUGCUACAUUCAUGGCCUACAAUAAAAAUCACACAAGAAAAAUUUAACUUCCAUAUCUCGUCUACAAUAUUACACAACCACAAACUUCUUGCAAUGUCACUUCCCAAUGGAAACAAUCCGAGCCAAGAAAUUCUUGAUGCUCAAGCUCAUAUUUGGAACCACAUUUUCAAUUUCAUAAACUCCAUGUGUUUGAAAUGCACCCUUCAAUUAGGCAUCCCCGACAUCAUCCACAGCUACGGCAAGCCGAUGAAGCUUUCGGAAUUAACCAACGCCCUCUCCCUCGGCCAAGACAAGUCUCCUUUCCUCGACCGGCUAAUGCGAAUUAUGAUCCACUCCAAGUUCUUCAUCAAGGCCAAAAUCUUCGAUGAUAGCGACCAAUCGGGCUAUUGGAUCACGCCGUCUUCUCUUCUCCUCCUCAAGAACGAAGCCUCGAGCGUCGCGCCAUUCGCGCUCGCCAUGCUCGACCCGGUCUUAACCGACCCGUGGCAUCAAUUAAGCAAAUGGUUAGGGACUAGCCAUGCAACACCAUUCAUCACCACUCAUGGGAGAGAUUUUUGGGAGGAGGCCGGGGGAAAUGCGACGAUGAAUACGUUCUUCAACGAGGGAAUGGCGAGCGAUGCUCGCCUUAUGUUAAGUAUAAUGACUAAGGAUUGUAGGCAUGUUUUCCAAGGGUUGGAAUCGAUUGUCGAUGUUGGAGGCGGCACGGGAAUCGCAGCCAAGGCUAUUGUCGAUGCCUUCCCGGGGCUAAAGUGCGCCGUGCUCGAUCUCCCCCAUGUUGUCGCCGGCUUGGAAUCGACUAAGGACUUGAAUUAUGUCGAUGGAGAUAUGUUUGAGUCAAUCCCUUGUGCUGAUGCUGUGUUUAUGAAGUGGAUAUUGCACGAUUGGCCCGACAAGGAGUGUGUGAAGAUAUUGGAGAAUUGCAGAGAGGCAAUAAUGGCGAGUAAAGAGAAGGGAGGGAAGGUGAUUAUAGUGGACAUUGUGAUCGAUGAAGAUGAAGGCAGAGUUGGGCAUGAACUGAGGGAGACACAGCUGUGCUUCGAUAUGAUGAUGAUGGUUUUGGUUUCUGGAAAAGAGAGGACUGAGAAGGAAUGGGCUAAUCUGUUUGAUGCUGCUGGGUUUAAGAGUUACAAAGUUACACGUAUCCUUGGAGUGAGAUCUCUUAUCGAAGUAUUUCCCUAAAUAAUUUGGAUGUAGAUUAUGAUUAUUAAAAUUUGAGUCUAGAGUUUGCUUGAUUUUGGUUUUGUGAAGAAAAUCCAUGUUUGAGUUAGUGAGUACUUUUUUUUUUUUUUUUUUUUAUGUGAGUAUGUGAAUUUUGUCGGUAAUAUAAAAA